AUGGCCACCCAGACUCUAUCCGCCACCUCGACCUCGACCUCGACCGCCACCGACGGCGGCGACGUCAAGCUGCGCGCCGGCGCCACGGCAGCAUCCCUGCCCGCACCCGCGCCACCGCGACCUGGCACCGCCCGUGACUCUGCCUCUGCCUCUGCCUCUGCCUCGUCGUUCCCCGGCCAUGCCUAUACGCUGACCCCCACCGAGGCCUCGCUGCGCUCCCGCCGCAAGUGGGGCUACCUGCGUGCCAUCUACGACAACACCAAGCUCAUGAGCCUCACGCCGCACCUCGUCACCAUCUCCCUCACCCUCGCCUUCAACGCGUCGCCGCUCGCACCGCCCUUCUACCGCUGGCUCAAUACCCACUCGCGCUUCACCAUCCUCGUCGUGCACAACUACCUCAUCAACGCCGCCGUCCAGACCGCCUGCGUCGCCCUCUUCACCUACUCGGACCUCGCCCGCCGACCCAGCUGGGUAUCGCGCUACAAGAUCCAGCCGCACAAGUCCGUCACGCCGGCCCAGUACCGCAAGAUCCUCGGCGUCGUCGUGUGGAACAUGCUCGUCGUCAACACCCUCGCCAGCCUCUCCUUCUUCCCGCUCGCACAGUGGCGCGGCAACCCGACGUCGUUCGAAACGCUCCCCUCGCCGCCCCGCCUGCUCCGCGACUGGGCCAUCUGCCUCCUCGCCACCGAGGUCGGCUUCUACGCCGUCCACCGCGCCCUCCACCACCCGCGCCUCUACCGCCACGUACACAAGCUCCACCACGAGUUCACCGCCCCCUGCGCCGCCGCCGCCACCUACGCCCACUGGAUCGAGCACUACCUCUCCAACCUCUUGCCCGUCUUCCUCGGCCUCGUCAUCUCGCGCGCACACUUCUCCGUCAUGGUCCUCUUCUUUUCCGGCCUCCUCAUCGGCACCCACGCCCACCACUCCGGCUACAACAUCCCGUUCCUUGGCAAUGCGCUGCCGCACGAUUGGCACCAUUACGCGACGGUGGAGAACUUCGGCCCCACGGGGUUGCUCGACGCCCUCCUGGGCACCGACAAGACUUUCCGGUCCUGGCUCAGAGAGGUGGAUGCCACCUUCAACGGCGACCGCGUCCGGGCCAACACGGCCGCCCUCGAGACGCUCGCCCGCUUCGACGGCGACUCGGACCAGGGCGAACGCCAAGGCGAGGGCGAGAGCGAGAGCGAGAGCGAGUGA